UAAAGCUAACCACGCCGCGUGCCAGAACACUAACAUCUCUACUUCCGUUUUUUUUUUUUCUAGAAAAGUUUUGUGAAAUUUUGAUUUGUGAGCAAAAAAUAAAAAAAAAAAAUUGCAAACAAUGAGUUUCUGCCCGAAAUAUUCACAUAGACCGAUUUACCCGUACGCAAGCCCACCGCCGACGCCGUUCCAUGCGCCUGCGUAUUGCCAAGAACGGGAUUUUGCACGGCCCAGUGGCUGGUUUCGCCAUGGGCCUUAUCGCUCUCCUCCAAGGCCGUGUUUUCAAUUGCAUGGACCGAGAAUUCCGCGGAGUCCCGUGAAUUUUGGCUCCACGCCGGGCUACUACCAAAAUGGUUGUUGGUUCAACGCCAGGCUACAAAGACGACCUUGGGCGGGAUGGAUGGGGCAGCCACAUCAUGCUCCGCUUCAGCAACAACAACAGCGGCAGCUGCAGCUGCAGCCGGAGCACGUGCCACAAUAUCACAUGGCCGCCCAGCCGGGGCAGCAACAACAGCACAUGAAUUCAUCCUGUUCAUUGCAGCAGCCGCAGCAGCAGCAGUUGACUUCAUCCUGUUCAUUGCAACAGUCUGCAAUGCCACCAUCAAUUUUAUAUCAGCAGAGGCAGCAGCAGCAGCAAAUCUUAACUCAAUCUUAUCAAUCGCAGCAGCAGCAAAUCUUGCCUCAGUCUUAUCAAUCACAGGUGGUAAUGCCUCCGGCUUGUCCCACGCAUCACCGCCUGCAGCAGCAGCAAAUCUUGCCUCAAUCUUAUCACUCGCAGCAGCAGCAGCAGAUCUUGACUCAAUCUUAUCAAUCACAGGUGGUGAUGCCUCCGGCUUGUCCCACGCACCAGCCGCAGCAGCAUCAGCAGCAGCAGCAGCAGCAGGUUUUUCUGAUGCCAAUGUAUCCAUCACAGCGACAGCAUCACGAUGUCAUGCUGCAGCCACAACAGCAGCAGAUCUUGCCUCAAUCUUAUCAAUCGCAGCAAAUAAUUUCUCCAUCCUGUUCAUCGCAUCAGCUGCAAAUAAUUUCUCCAUCUUGUUCAUCGCAACAGCUGCAGAUCCCGCUGCCAAGCCAGCCAGCUCAACAAGAUCUGAGAGCGUCGAGGGUCCCGAGGGCACCACAGGUAGUGGCAGCACCCAAUGCUGUGCCGAUGCAAGUACCUCUUCCUGUUCCGGCACCACAACAAGAGGUGGAAGCGACGCAAGUGCCCCAAGUAGUUGAGGCUGAGACUCCACCCGAAGUGGUCGAGAUCAAUCUGGGAGCCGGAGUUCAAGCAACCAGAACCCAUAACAAGCUAACGAUUGACAUCGAGUUGUCCCACGGGAACAGUGCUGUUCCGGAGAGACGUCGCUGUGCGGAUGAAGUGCUGAGUGAGCUUACUCAGCUCAUCAGAGGCUGUUUUUACAGAAAUCCUCUGCCACGACGACGACGGAAUCGCUUUUGGCUUCGACACACCGUACCACGAGCACGUCCAUUAUGUGAUGGAGUGCUGUGUGUUUUAGAGGAUAAAGAUACACAGACGGAGGAGGUGGUCGAAAGCCAAUUGGAGAUUCACGAAUCACUGGAUGAGUCGACAUCUUCAGCUCGGACUUUGGUGCCGGAGGAAUUCUUGUCCCCGCGGCCAAUAUCAUUUUCAACUCCAACUUUGCUGCAGGAGGAAUUUGUAACGUCUCCGCAGCCUAUAUCAUUUUCACCUUCGACUUUGCUGCAGGAGGAAUCUGUAUCGUCUCCGCAGCCUAUAUCAUUUUCACCUUCGACUUUGCUGCAGGAGGAAUUUGUAUCGUCUUCACCGAUAUUGUUGCAGGAAGAACCCUGCAUUGAACAGCCGGUCGCUGUGCCGAUCUUGUUGCAGGAAGAACUCUGCAUCGAACAGCCUGAUCCCAUUUGUGAUCAGACUUCCGAAGACAUAACCGUGUCUAAGCAGCCGGAUAACGAUUUACUUAAACCGACUGGCCUAGACACUAUAAAAAUUGCCAAGAAGGCAACUCUGGCGAAGAUUUCUCCGCGCCGUGAACCGAAAGCGGUUGGCACAGCUCCGCUACCAGGUCCGGAGCCAAAGGGAAUCAACGACGAGACCAGUUCCUGGCCACCUUUGGGCACCCGGCCACCUACCAGACCAUCUUUGGUCAAGAAAAGCAUUUCGGUAAAUGCGAAUGUCUUCAAACCUUCGCAGCGAUACAAUGAGAAUAGAUUCUCGAAGACAACCUUCGGAAAUCAAACAAAUGUCGGGGACACCGAGUCAACCUUUCAACCCAAACAGAUACUGCGAAACAUGGAGCGCUAUGGCAAGGAAUUGGCCAAGUCAAGUGGCGGCCAAGCCGAGGCAGGAGCUCAAAAGGAUCCAUUAGCAAAUCUAAGUGGCAGUUUGCAGGCUCUGCAAGUUUCACAACAUAAACUCGAUAAAAAGCAUUCAAUACAAAGCAGCAAGCAGCAGCAGCCGGGAUCGAAGUUGAUAGCCGGAAAUAUGUUUGCAUUGCUGGAAGAUUCUGUGGCGGAAGCAUCUCCUCCGGAAACUAAGGACGAGACUGCUGGUGAGGAGAAGGAUCAUGUGGAUGCCAAGAAAUCGGCUGCGAAGAAGGCAAAACAGCAGAAGAGGAAGCAAAAAAAGAAGGAGAAAGCCCGUGCUAUGAAAUUGGAGGCUGAGGAAAAAAGAGUAAAUUCCCUAGCCCCAAAUGGACCAACUUCAUCUGGCCCUAAUGCUGAUCUUGAGGGCAAACCGUGUGAGAUUAAAUAUUUUGGAAACCUACAAGUUACAGGUCAACCUGCAACGACAGUAUAUGAACAGGAAAGCGCCUUGAAAUUUCUACUAUUCCGAAAUUCAGGAAAGUACGGCGCAAAAGAAACCUCUAAUGCAAUACUACCAGCUGGAAGAGGUGAUCCAACAAAGUCUGCCGAGAUACCAGUGGAGUCGCAGGACGAAUUUCCUAGCUUGGGUUCAAGAAAAGGACGCCGUCGUAGCCAAUUCCUAGAUGCAGUGGCAGACCUCACGGUUUCGAAGAAACCUACCGAAGUAAAGCAACCGCCAAUAAGGCGCAAUUUGUGGGAAAGAAGGAAUUAUCCACAGAACUGAGAGCGAAGGGAACAAAAUGUAGGCAUAUCCUUGUACCAAAUGUUUUCAAUUUUCAUAUACUUGACAAUUUUGGCAAAUUUAAACUUGCAAAUUUCUAUGUAAUGUAUACCCAGAUGCCAUCAGAUUCUAUACCUAAUGUUAAAAUGAAACAACUGCUUCCUAUCAAAUUUAUAUACGUAAAACUUUAAU